AUGGCAGCUCCAAGAUUGAUCUUUUUAGUUCUUUCUCUGUUCAACUUUUCUCUACUUACUUCCACAGCCAGUGGUGCAAAUUCACAUGAGAAGGCUACACAAAAUUGGUUAAACCAUGGUGGAGAUUUGUACAACAGAAGAUAUGCCCAUAGAGAGACCAAACUAAGCCCUAAAACAGUUUCCAAACUAAGCUUGAAGUGGGAGUUUUAUGCAGGCAAAGAUAUAUCUGCCACACCGGCGAUUUUCGAUGGUACCCUUUAUUUUCCAAGCUGGAAUGGAUUCAUCUAUGCUGUUAAAGCUUCUGAUGGGUCUCUGGUUUGGAAGAAGAACUUGCAUGCAUUAACUGGGUUUAAUGCAACUGGUUUUGUUUUGAAAGUCAACUGGACAGUAUCAAGAUCAACCCCAACAGUCGUUGCCGAUCAUGACCUUUUGAUUGUUGGAAUCUAUGGGCCUGCUGUUGUUAUUGCCCUUCAACGAUCAACAGGGAAGCUCAUAUGGUCAACCCUACUUGAUACUCAUGCCGCAAGUCUCAUAACCAUAUCCGGAACCUACUACAAAGGGAGUAUAUACAUUGGAACGGCAUCACUAGAAGAAACUCUUAGCGCUGACGCUGAGGAAUGUUGUACCUUUCGUGGCGGCUUUGCCAAAUUAGAUGUCAAAGCUGGUAUCAUCUUAUGGCAGACCUUUGUGCCGCCCGAUAAUCAUGGAAAGCUAGGGUAAUAUUCCGGGGCAGCAGUCCGUCCAUUGAUGUCCAUAGAAAACAUGUAUAUAUAGCUACUGGCAACAUCUACUCAGUCCCUGAAAAUGUAAGCCAA